AUGAAACAGCGAAAGAGCGACAUAAACCCAUUCACGAUUACGAAACCACCGACGAUGAAACAUCGCAAGGCCAAACGGGCUGACAGGAGCAUUCCCCCAUUCACCAAGGUCGACCGCGACCUAUAUGGCGACAAGAUGACUGGGUUCACCAUUAUCGUCGGCUCGUACAGCUUCAAGGCUGUCAGCGGGAACAGCACACAGCGCUCGUUAUGGGUGCACUUUGAACGCAGAUUCCCGUCUCGCAUAUCCUGGGAGCCGCGGCUCCGGCUAGAGGCUGGCCCGAGCGUGAUGGCUUCAGUACUUUUUGGACCUCCGGAGACGUCGACAGUAUUACCACAGAAGGUUGAUACUGUCUUCGAAAGACUCCAGUGCACCGACAAGAUACGAUCCGAUCCGGCUAUAAUGUGCCGUUCCAGCUGCAAGCCCUCGCACCCCCCACUAUCGGCGCAAGAAAUGAUGGACGUCGGCUGGGGCAAGGACGAGGCUAGACCAGACUAA